GCGAUCGGCAGGCUGUAGUCGUUAUUAUUUGCGCAUACGGAAAGCAACAUAACCGAAAUCCGGGCGAUGAUAGCAGCUUUCUCCGAUACUGCUCAAUCUGGUAUCAACCAAUUCCCGCCAGAGACGAUAGCAAGCAUGAUAGCCGGCACAAUUCAGCAGUGCAGUGCGUGAUAUCAAGGGACUCCAGACUAAGAGACAGUGAAGAGAUGCGUAGAGCCUUGAGACAGCGGCUGGCGUUAUAUUUCACUGCAACAGCCGUGAGGUUUCGCCUACUCACCUAAUAAACCGUUCAAGAAGAAGGUUAGACGCAGGGAGUUAUGGUAGAACGCAAAGUCUCGCGGCUGGUACCGCGCAACUCAAAAGCACUGGUCGUAUGUCUGAUCAUGCUUUCAGCAAUCGACUCCGUCCUCGUAGGCUACGACUCUUCCCUAAUGGGGUCAUUCAAUGUAAUGCCCUCCUACAUAUCCUACUUUACUCUCAACACUACGACGAAGUCCCUCAACACAGCUAUAUCCUACGUCAGCGGCGCAGCCAUUUCCUUCAUCUCCGGACCAUGGGUAGAUUGGCGGGGUCGUCGUGAGGCCAUCUUUUGGUCCGCAUUAAUCACGCUAGUUGGCGGAGUGAUUCAAGGUGCUGCUCACAACAUUGCAACAUUCCUUGCAGGAAGACUGAUCGUGGGAUUUGGAAUGGGGCUUGCGCAGACUAGUACGCCAACCUUGCUGGCGGAGACGGUGCCAGUGAGGUGGAGGGGUUUUGCGAUGGGGUUGUAUUAUGCGUGCUGGGGGGUUGGGACGUUGCUUGCUAGUGGGGUUUGCUAUGGUACGCAGAGCCUGACAACAACUUGGGCAUGGCGCAUCCCAUCACUUCUUCAGGCUGCUCCAUCGGUGUGGUGUUUGAUCAUCUUGCUCUUUAUUCCUGAGUCGCCCCGCUGGCUGAUCGCAAAGGGUCGCAAAGAGGAGGCACUAGAAGUCAUCGCAAUAGCCAAUUCGAACGGCAAUGUGGACGAUCCCGUAGUCAAGGUCCAGUUCAAGGAGAUCGAAGAUACCAUACGUUUUGAGAAAGAACGGGAAUCAUCAGUCUGGAAGGCCCUCAUCCACCCAUCAAACCGCAAGCGCGUGCUUAUCACGGCGACAUUCCCACUUUUUGUCAUGCUACCUGGAACCAACAUUGUCACUUUCUACUUUGGUGACAUGCUGAGCAGCGCCGGUAUUGAGGACCCCACUACGCAGCUCCAGAUCAACGUCAUUCUCACAUCUUUCACGCUUGUCGUCGCUCUUGCUGGAUCCUGGUUCGCAGACAAGGUCGGCCGCAAGACGUUGUGCGCCGGCUCGCUCACUGGUGGUAUCGUAUCUUUGUACGUUCUAGCGGGGCUCACUGCAAAGUACGGAGAGUCUGGGGAUUCGAGUGGCAUCUACGGUACAAUCGCGAUGAUAUUCAUCUACAAUGCAACCUACGCAUGGGGCAUGACGCCGCUUACCGUGCUAUAUCCACCAGAGGUCCUGUCAUAUGACAUCCGUGCUAUAGGUAUGGGUAUCUAUACGCUUGUAACGAAGCUCUGUGGGAUCUUUGUCACCAUGGUCAUUCCAUUCGGCAUGAAAGCAAUCAGCUGGAAGGUGUAUAUCAUCAACGCUAGUGUCGAUAUACUAUUCGUCCUAUUCGUGCUCCUCGUCUGGGUGGAAACGCGAGGCUUAACGCUCGAAGAGGUGGAUAAAGUUUUUGAUGGUGUGAAGCACUCGAACGUGCCGGAUCUAGAGACUAUCAAAGGUGGAGAACAAGACGCUCUAGUGGUUACCGAAGGUUUCGUUACAACCCGUCAGAAUGUAGGGUUUGAAAACAAGGAGGCGACAUGAAUACAUCGCGAGCUAUAUCUCAGACGAGAGAAAUACUCUAACAUAAAUAAAUGAAAAGCGUCAAAUACAGGGACACGGCC